CCUCGAUAAUAUUUUGAGUGAAUGGACUGAAAUAGAGAGGCAUUUGUGAAUACCACUGAUUUACAGCUUACCAUAUUAUUGAAGUUACAACAGUGCACAACUGGUCACAUUGUCUUGUAACUUCAAUACUAUUUUGUAAAUAUCACAUGAUGGAUGACAUUGAAUAGAAGUACUAAAUUCCUCUGAAUGAUGAAUAUCAUUAAUAUGUAGCUUAUCAUAUGGCUAUCAGUUAUAUACGAGCGCCCCCCUGGGGGGUAAUUUUACAAUGGCAUCUGUCUGACUCAAUAUUCUCACAAGUGAUAUUUUGCAGCAAUGACGAUUCUAUUUUUGGCAAUGUAAGUCUUGAUAAUACUGGUGAACUGUGGUCUUCAAAAGAUGUGAGUAACAGCACAGCACCUAUAUCCUUGGAUACUCCUGGUACAGCAGGUGCUUUAAGGAACAGAUCUGAGCCUUUGGAAAUUAAAGCAGAUUACGUUCAAUGUAAUGACAAAUUAUUUGCCCUCAGCUAUGACAAGAUUGGUGGUUCCGCAUGCCAUGAUACACAAAAUGUGCAUGCUAUCACAACUGAUGUGACUUACGGUGGAGAGAGAAGCAAGCCUGUUAGAAAGGAGCAUCAGGAUAUUGUUGGUAGAAUCCCUUCUUCAACAUCUGGUGAAAAAAAUGUAGCAAAUGCCAAUGAACUUGCUGAUAAGGAAUGUGGGCAAAAUAAUCUGCUGAAAGUUCAGAAAAAACCACAGGGAAAACAAGAGGCUAGAAGAUUGCAGAAUUCCUAUGGUAGUUGGUCUCCUUCAACAAACCUGUCAAAACAAUUUGAGAAUCAAUCAACACCUUCUGCCAUACAAUCUUCUCACCCUUCGGUUCCUGGAAAACAGAAGCAGAUCCAAGGAGCUGAGGCCUUUUAUCAGAACAUCAUGAAUCCAUAUCUAGUAUCUGCUGUGUAUGGAAACCCAGCCAAUGCAUAUCCAGCUAUCCCAAUGCUAUCUCAGACUCAGGCAGAUCUCGGGCAUCAACCUCUACUUUCUGGAUAUGAAGUUUCUAGUAAUUUAGUGAAUCCUGUGAAGAAGACUGGGGACUCAGUCAAAAGUCUGACCAUGACUCCUCAGGAAAAAAUUGAAAAAUUGAGGAGGCGGCAACAAAUGCAGGCAAUGCUUGCAAUUCAGAAACAGCAGCAGCAAUUGGGCAAUCAAGUUCCUAGCACUAAUAAAUUUAUUAGUCAAACAUAUCUUCAAGAAAUGCAAAAUCGUUCCUCAGAUGGGACUGAUCCUGAAGUUGAAGAUCAAAGCACUUUUCCUGCCCUGGAUCCACCUAUUGAACAAGAUGACUCCCAUACAGUCUCUGGAGCUAUUGAUGAUUGUUUUGUUGAAGAAACGAUACUGUACAAGCUUCAGGACAUUAUAUCAAAGUUGGACAUCAAAAUAAGACUCUGCUUCAGAGAUAGCUUGUUCCGCUUGGCACAAAGUGCAAUGGAUAGGAAUCCUGCUAGUGAUAGUAGCGGUGCGAACAAAAAUAUCAGGGAAGAACAUGACGCACUUCAAAGAGAAGAAGUCAAUUGCCAAUACAGGUAUGCCAAGACGCCCCAUGGUGAAAGAGAGACAAACCCCAUUGAUCGAACUGUGGCUCAUCUGCUCUUUCAUAGGCCUCUGGAGUUAAAUGGAAAUUAUGCUGAUAAACUUGACUCACCUAUCUCUGCUAGGACGCAAAAUAAAAGCCUUGCUGCCAACCAGCCAAAUUUGACUGUGAAGUGCUUGCCAGAUGAAAAUAUGAAAAGUAACAAACAAUUUUCUGACCAAGGGCUUAAGAAUUCUUGUUCAUUGAUUGAGGCACAUUCCCAACCAAUAGAUCAAUUUAGAACCAGUCCUUGCAUAGACACUUCAGAGAAUGCUUCUAACAAUGGGCCGGCAGAUGUCGGAGCUCAGGAGAUUGAAACGUCUCAAUGAAGAGAAAAGUUAUCUAGAAAUCUGAGGGCUGUCUGGAUUCUAGUCGAGCCCAAGUGCUUAGGCCUAUCUUCACAGAUUCCCGAGCAUCAGCUGCGUAAUUUGUGUACUCUUAGGGCUUAUAUAAUACUUCAACCAUAAAGCAUGACUAUUAGUGUGGACCUCCCAGUGCCUAAACACACUAAAGGUGUUGAGCGCUGAGAAGUUGUUUCUGUCAGAACUAGCUAGAUAUGUGUAUGGAGUACCAAAACCACCCAAAUCUCAUAUUAUGGUUGGCAUAUUAUGGGAGUUUUAAUUAUGCAAAUUUGGCAGACAGUUGCCUCUCAUCAUUGAAUCAAUAUCUAUUUGUCAAUAGUGGAGUUUGAGUCUCCUUGUUGGCCUGUAGAUUUUGGUUUCUACUAAAAUCACGUCCAAGGGGGGUACAGGAAGCCAUACUUCAUAUAAAUUUAAAUUCUCUAGCUGACUUGUUUCUGCGUAUGAGCCGAUUUUAUUCCCUUUGCACCUCAAUCCUCAAUGAUUAACUUUCUGCGCAAAUAUAUAUUUUUCAUUGGUUGGAGGCUAAAAUGCUUAUGAGGGGAUUGAAGCUUGAAUGUUGAAUUGAUUCUCUACAUUUAGAGAACUUGGUGCAGGAAAAAAGGUUAGAUAGAGAGAAAGAAAAGACGAUAAACAUAUUUUCUCUUUUUCUGUAAAUGUGGGGGAUCCACUAAUAAGUUCUUAUAUUGCAUUCAAA